UGAACUGCCUCCACUCAGCUGACAGACAGACUCACUCGUCCGCUCUGGGAUCACUCCAAGACAUCGCACAUGGAUUUUACGCGCGCACAAGUUGCGUAUCUUAAAGCAUGAUUUCUCGCUCUUAAUACCGAGGUCUGGCUGGAAUUUACGCAAACGAGAUGUUAUUUAUGAGUUACCUUGACGAGUUCAGCUGGAGUGUUUAAGAUUUGCGUUGAAGAAACCAGCAAGAGAUGAACAUGAACCUCGUUAACUGCUUAGUUCUGCUCUUAGUUUGGCACGCGCACACGGUCAAUGGGAGACAUGCCAACUGUCACUUUCUGUAUGAGCUGCAGAUGGCCGAGAAAGAAUGUUUGGGCAUGCUGGCCGACGAGCUGUCUUUAAACACCAAAGGUUGCAGGGGAAUGUGGGAUAAUAUUUCUUGCUGGCACCAUGCAGAUAUCGGAGAGGAGGUCAUCAAUACGUGCCCUGCUGCCCUAAAAAACCUGUUUACCAGAGAUGGGAUCAUUACAAGGAACUGCACUACAGAAGGCUGGUCUGAAGUGUAUCCUAGCAUCCACAGUGUUUGCUUUGAGUCCAAACCAAACUCAGCCAAGCUUGUCUUCUACACAGUGGUGAAGACCCUUUACACACUCGGACACAGCCUCUCGCUCAUCGCACUUAUCACUGGCAGCACAAUCCUCCUCCUCUUCAGAAAACUCCACUGCACAAGGAACUACAUCCAUCUGAACCUGUUCUUCUCAUUUAUACUGAGGGCUAUUGCUGUGCUGGUCAAAGAUGCCAUUUUAUUUCCCCAUGAGAAUGUAGAAUGCACAAAGCAGGUGUCACUGAUUGGUUGCAAGGCCAGCCUGAUCAUCUUCAAUUACUUCAUCAUGGCAAACUUCUACUGGUUGUUGGUGGAAGGGCUGUACCUUCACACCUUGCUGAUGGUCAUCUUCUCUGAGAAUAGACACUUCAUCAUUUAUCUUCUCAUUGGAUGGGGAUUCCCCACCAUAUUUGUGAUUCCAUGGAUCAUUUGUAGGAUUUACCUGGAGGACACGGGAUGCUGGGAGAGAAAUGAUGUCCCAAUUCCCUGGCGGGUGAUCAAGUGGCCAAUUAUGGCAUCUAUCAUUUUAAACUUCAUUCUGUUCAUCAGUAUCAUUCGAAUCCUGGUGCAGAAACUGAGGUGUCCUGAUGUUGGUGGAAAUGAUCAGUCUCAGUACAGGAGAUUGGCCAAGUCCACACUUCUGUUGAUCCCUCUCUUUGGAGUAAACUAUGUUGUUUUCGUUUACAUCAUAGAUGAAAAUGAAGAAAUGGAAAACUACAAAAUAUUCUUUGACCUAGCCUUGGGAUCUUUUCAGGGCUUGGUGGUUGCAAUUCUCUACUGUUUUUUGAAUACCGAGGUCCAGAGUGAACUCAAGAGAAAGUGGCGGAGUUUGCGCCUGAAGCGAUACAUCAGCCGAGACUACCAUCUGCAUAGUUCGUCCAUAUCCAGGAACGGCACAGACAACAUGGCCCAGUUCCACAGGAACUCCAGAGCCCAGUCUUUCCUGCAGACUGAGACCACCGUGGUGUGACACACUCCAAGAUCUCCUCUCAGAAAUAGGGGCUGUACACAUGCAGAGAUGAAUCAUGCGAUUUGUUCAGUCCCUCUCGAGAGAUAAUUCAGUAUUUUUUUUCUUUAUGUUGAAGAGGACAAGGCUUUCUGCCAUUGAAGCAUGACAUUGACAUGCAGCACAAAUAAGACUUCAGCAAUCUCUAUAAUGGGGCAUGAUACACUGUACUGUAUCUCAGUGAAAGUCAUUUUUGAAUGCUCUCUUUUGAUACCAAAUUUUAUAUUAGCUAACAAAAUUCACUGGAGCAGUAGGCCUAGAGUUAUAUUUGAUGGUUUAAGAAACUCCAAUUCCUUUUAAAUUAAAUGCAAGUCAUAGCUUUUUGUGAACACUUUCAUAGCAUUAGGCUCUGAUUAUAUAAUAGUGUUAUGUAAAUCCUUCUCAAAGCCUAUGACAAUUUUCUUAGAUGGUCACUCACAGCGCAGCACUUUCACCACGGUAUCAUCGCAUGAAAACACAGCCAACACAUUUCCAGUGCUUUGAAUAUCCCAGCGUUAAUCAGAAACACCAAGAACAAACUUCAGUAUCUUGGAUGAAUGGAAGAAGUAGGUCACCUCUAUGGCAAACUCAAAUGUGAGAUUUUUAUAAAGAGGACUGUAUUGCCAGAGGUGUCCAGAUUAUCUUGGUGUAAGAGAAAGACUUUGAUUUCAAGAAAUAAAUGUGUAUCAGAUAGACUUUUUCAUGAAAGUGGAAAAUGUGGCAACUAACCUAUACUAAACCCAGUUGUGCAGUAGAGAACAGUCAUGAUAAGAAAAAGUCUAAAUUUGUUGUACUGAUUUUGAACUCUACAGCAUUACAUAAUGCCUUUUUAUUCCAGUUAUAAGACCCCUUUGUCAGUUUUAUCUCAUUAUACCUUCAGGUUGCUUGAAGAAAAGCCACAAUAUGAAACCUUGUGAACGUUAAGAACUGAAAUACUAAUUUCCAGGAUAUGUAUUUUAUAGCAUGUGAAUGUAACCGAUUACGUUGUUGUUGUUAUUAUGGAUAGAUUUCAUAGAGAGUCUUAUAAAUGAAAUUAGUUUUAUUGACAAGAUGGACACAAAUAUGUGGGAUAAUAUUUCGUAAGCCCACAAAAAAGAUGUGUCCCGAUGAUAAACCAAACCACAUCUUCAUUGUUAAUGCUUUGCAAACUCCUGUUUUUCAUAACCCAUGUUCAUUAGAAAUUUCAAUGGGAGAUGUUGUCCAUGUCUCUGAAUAUAUUUGCUUUUGUGUUGCUCCGUCUGAAAUUGUUGGAGGUUUGCACUGCUGCCUGUGCUCUUUUCAUUCAACUGAAAAACAGCGAAUUAAUCCAGGAGACAGUUGGAUGCAGAUGUAGGUCAAAUGAACUGACAAAACAGAGAAAGUGAGGGCAUAUGAAAGUCACAUUGCUGUUUGAGCUGUUUUCUGCUGUAUUGUUGCGAGCAGCUUCUAGGAUCUACGGUCCAAAGAUUCCACAGUUGGACGGAGAGGAGAAUGGAUCUCUUUUAGCCAGGCCUGAAGCGCAAAAGGACCCCGGGACACCAUGUGGAGAAGUGUGCUCAUCUAAAGUGACACAGAUGCCAUGGGCAGGGGCAUUCAGCAUCAUUAUUGAACUGUCAAAGGGAGAAGAAAAGAUAGAGCUUUAAUUAGAACCGGCAGAAAAUAAUUAAAUGUGUUCUCCAAUUUAAAUGUUGAAGAAGGAGUCAUUGUGCAAUGGGUUCUGCACAUGCUUGUGACAGGAUAUAUUUAAAGUCUGGCCUGUGUCAUGUGCAGAUCCCAUUCCCCCUCUUUUCCUCCACUUUCCUGACUCUUGAACAUUCCUGACUCUUGACUCUUGAACACAAAAAAGGAAGAAACCCAAUUUAAAAACAAUUAUUGAAAGAGGGAAUUCCAGUUUCAUUGUGGAACAUAUUAUGUCACGAUUUAUCUGAGGUCGACAGUAUGACAGAUUGUAAUGAUGUAAAAAUGUAUGUAAAAAAAGGCUAUAAAGUUGUGCAUUUUUUUUAUUAAUUAGACAAUUAUUAUUAUUAUUUUUUGUUCUGCUACACUUUGCUGUUUUUACAAAAAGCUUUCUUGUAAAUGAUCAAGUAUUGAAAUAUUUCAUUAAAUGUGGAAGUUGUUUUAACCCGUUUCAAUUCAGUAUUUUUUGCACUGUUGCAUAAAACAAAAUUUGAAUUGAUUGGUCAUGUUUUUGUUAACACUUAAUAUAAUGUUGGUGCUGAUUUAAAGUUUAUUUUGUUUGUCAGUUUUCAGCGAAUACGUUCGAAUCAACAAUUCAUAUCAUUGUAAUGUAUUUAACCACCCAGUUAAUAAAUUAACUUAUUCAAUCAUUAUCAUUUAAAUCUAUUUAAUAUGCAGCAGUCUUUUGCAAUUGCAAUUGCUAUUGUAGACAAGGGUGUUGUUGGGUGUGUUGUUUUUCUAUGGUACUGCUAUGUAAAUUGAAUGUUAAAUGAGAUGACAAAUGAGGACCAGCAAAACAAGAUAACACUUCUCACAUCCUUAUAAACUGAUCCGCCUCAGCCAAAACAGAUCGUAUCACACACAGAUGUGUUUUUGAAUUAUUUCCUGUUCUAUUGCUGUCUGCUGCCUUAUCUGUUUUCUGUAUCCUCAAAAGGGAGUGAAGAUUCUCCUCAACAAUGGAGCAAAUAGUAAUGCUUAUUUUCAGGCUGCUGGCCUCCACAUGCACAGUAAUCUCACAAGUACUAAACAAAACAGCAUGUGUUUCUUAAUGCAAUAAAGUUAUUUUACUCU